CGUCAGUGUCCAGUGGUGUUGACUUAAAUCGGAACGUUUGGAUCUCGCUACACAUUUUCCUGGUCUUGUGUCGACGAAACGGUGAUUAAAAAUGCCGCUGAGGCUUGACAUUAAGCGGAGGUUGACAGCCAGGUCUGACCGUGUAAAGAGCGUGGACCUUCACCCAACCGAGCCGUGGAUGCUGGCCAGUCUGUACAACGGCAGCGUCUGCGUGUGGAACCACGAAACACAGACUCUGGUGAAGACCUUUGAGGUGUGUGACCUUCCUGUCAGAGCAUCCAAAUUUGUAGCUAGGAAGAACUGGGUCAUCACAGGAGCAGAUGAUAUGCAGAUCCGUGUGUUCAACUACAACACUUUGGAGCGUGUUCACAUGUUUGAGGCCCACUCUGACUACAUCCGUUGCAUUGCUGUGCACCCAACCCAGCCCUACAUCCUCACCAGCAGCGACGAUAUGUUGAUCAAGCUGUGGGACUGGGACAAGAAGUGGUCCUGCAGCCAGGUGUUUGAGGGUCACACGCACUAUGUCAUGCAGAUCGUCAUCAACCCUAAAGACAAUAAUCAGUUUGCAAGUGCCUCCCUAGACAGGACUAUUAAGGUUUGGCAGCUAGGCUCAUCAUCUCCCAACUUCACUUUGGAAGGCCAUGAGAAAGGGGUCAAUUGCAUUGACUAUUACAGUGGAGGAGACAAGCCCUACCUGAUAUCAGGAGCUGAUGACCGUCAGGUCAAAAUCUGGGACUACCAGAACAAGACAUGCGUUCAGACAUUGGAGGGCCAUGCCCAGAACGUCUCAUGCGUGAGCUUCCACCCAGAGCUGCCAAUCAUAAUCACCGGGUCAGAGGACGGUACGGUCCGCAUUUGGCACUCUAGCACAUACCGCUUGGAGAGUACCCUCAACUACGGUAUGGAGCGAGUGUGGUGUGUGUGCGGCCUCAGGGGCUCCAACAAUGUAGCACUGGGCUAUGAUGAAGGCAGCAUCAUUAUCAAAGUGGGCCGCGAGGAGCCGGCCAUGUCAAUGGACACCAGCGGUAAGAUUAUUUGGGCCAAGCACAGUGAAAUACAGCAGGCCAACUUGAAGGCAAUGGGUGAUGCUGAGAUCAAGGAUGGAGAGAGGCUCCCACUGGCUGUGAAAGACAUGGGCAGUUGUGAGAUAUACCCUCAAACUAUCCAGCAUAACCCUAACGGGAGGUUUGUUGUAGUGUGUGGCGAUGGAGAGUACAUCAUCUAUACUGCCAUGGCUCUGAGGAACAAGAGCUUCGGCUCAGCACAGGAAUUUGCUUGGGCACAUGACUCAUCUGAAUAUGCGAUUAGAGAAAGCAACAGUGUUGUAAAAAUCUUCAAGAAUUUCAAAGAAAAGAAAUCAUUUAAGCCUGACUUUGGAGCUGAGGGCAUCUAUGGAGGUUUCUUGCUUGGGGUGAGGUCAGUGAAUGGUUUGGCAUUUUAUGAUUGGGAGAACACCGAGCUGAUCCGCCGCAUUGAGAUCCAACCUAAACAUAUCUUCUGGUCAGACUCUGGCGAGUUGGUCUGCAUUGCUACCGAAGAGUCUUUCUUCAUCCUUCGGUACAUGGCCGAUAAAGUAGCUGCCUCACAAGAGAACAACGAAGGAGUGACUGAGGACGGCAUUGAAGAUGCUUUCGAGGUCCAGGGAGAGAUCCAGGAGAUCGUGAAGACUGGACUCUGGGUUGGUGACUGCUUCAUCUACACCAGCUCUGUGAACAGACUCAACUACUUUGUAGGGGGAGAGAUUGUCACUAUUGCUCACUUGGACAGAACCAUGUAUUUACUGGGUUACAUACCCAAAGAUGACCGUCUCUACCUGGGAGACAAGGAGCUCAACAUUGUCAGCUACUCCCUGCUGGUCUCAGUCCUCGAGUACCAGACUGCUGUCAUGAGGAGGGACUUUGGAAUGGCCGACAAGGUACUUCCCACAAUUCCUAAAGAGCAACGGACCAGAGUGGCCCACUUCCUGGAAAAACAGGGUUUCAAGCAGCAGGCAUUAGCAGUGUCCACAGACCCUGAGCACAGGUUUGAGCUGGCCUUGCAGCUGGGAGAGUUGAAGAUUGCCUACCAGCUGGCUGUAGAAGCAGAGUCGGAGCAGAAGUGGAAGCAGUUGGCAGAGCUGGCUAUUAGUAAGUGUCAGUUUGGCCUGGCCCAGGAGUGUCUGCAUCAUGCCCAGGAUUACGGUGGCCUACUCCUCCUCGCCACCGCUUCCGGCAACGCCCCAAUGGUGGGCAAGCUGGCCGAGGGUGCAGAAAGGGAAGGCAAAAACAACGUGGCCUUCAUGACCUACUUCCUGCAAGGGAAACUGGAUCAGUGUUUGGAGCUUCUAAUCAGAACCAACCGCCUACCUGAAGCUGCUUUCCUGGCGCGUACUUACCUGCCCAGCCAGGUGUCCCGUGUGGUCAAACUGUGGAGAGAAAACUUGGGCAAGGUCAACCAGAAGGCUGCUGAAUCCUUAGCAGACCCCACCGAGUAUGAAAACCUGUUUCCUGGUCUUAAAGAGGCGUUUGCAGCUGAGGUUUACCUCAGAGAAAGUUGCUCAGGUGCCACCAGGCCUGCCAAAGAUUAUCCCCUGGUCACACUAAAUGAAGACAGAAAUAUUCUUGAGGAGGCUCAAGAAAACCAGGCCCAAGAGCUGUUCCAGUCUUCUGCUAUUGAGACAGGGGAAUGUAAAGAGUCUCCCUUAGUGUCAGCAGAUCCUGGAGUUGCAGCAGAGUCUGCAAUCAUGCCUUUAGAGCCUGAAACUGUCCCUCCACAGACUCUGGAAAAAAUCCCUGAGUUCUCACAGUCAGAAAAAGAUAAGGUUCUGGAAGAGCUGGAAAUCGACCUUGACAAUUUGGAGGUGGACGACAUCGAUACCAGCGAUGUUAACCUGGAUGAUGACUUUCUAGAUGACUAGAGAUCUUCCAUCAAUUCUGCUGUCGACCACCUCGGAUCUUAUUUAAAAACAGAGACCAAACUCCCUUGUUCCCUUUUUGUACUUAAAAAUGUUAUUGUCCACCUACAGAUUGAAGUAGAUGACGAUGAUCUCAGUAAUGUUUUAUCCUCAGAAAAAUAGUAGACGCCAUGUCUAUUUCAUACUCCAUUUUGUGUACCAUUUGAUGGUUGGAGAUCAUUUCACUUUAUUGCUAUUGCAUUGACCUACAUAUUAUGUUUGUUUGCCUAUGUGAUGAAUAAUCACUGUGCAUUCAGUUCAAUAAACUGCAGUUGCUGUACA